AGGCCCUUGAGCACCGGGUCUAGGAGUUGGGCGAGGGGCCGCGGGCGGGGCUGGCGCUUGGACCAGAGGCCCGGGAGCCCUCGGGAACCGAGCCCGCGGCGCCGGCGAGGGGCCGGGGGCGGGGCUGGAGGCCGGGGCGGGGCGGUGGGCGGGGCGACAGGCCCGGGGGCGGGGCGUGCGGAGGUUGGGACGGGGCCCGCGUCUGUGGUGAGGCCGGCCCAGCGCGGUGCAGCGUAGCGCCCCCCGCGUCCCGCCCCGGCAGCCCCGGCGCCCCCGACCAGCGCCCGCCAUGCCCGAGCAGCUCAGCGUCGCCGAGUUCCUGGCCGUCACCGCAGAGGACCUCAGCUCCCCGGCUGGAGCCGCAGCCUUCGCCGCCAAGAUGCCCCGAUGCCGGGGGGCGGCGCUGGCGCGGGAGGAGGUCCUGGAAGGAGACCAGGCCAUCCUGCAGAGGAUCAAGAAGGCCGUGCGGGCCAUCCACAGCUCGGGCUUGGGCCACGUGGAGAACGAGGAGCAGUACCGAGAGGCAGUGGAGUCCCUGGGCAACAGCCACCUGUCCCAGAACAGCCAUGAACUGUCCACGGGUUUUCUGAACUUGGCUGUGUUCACCCGUGAGGUGGCCGCGCUCUUCAAGAACCUGGUUCAGAACCUGAACAACAUCGUCUCUUUCCCGCUGGACAGUCUGAUGAAGGGGCAGCUGAGGGAUGGGCGGCAGGAUUCCAAAAAGCAGCUGGAGAAGGCUUGGAAGGACUACGAAGCCAGGACGGCCAGGCUGGAGAAGGAGCGAGACCGGGCCAGGGUGACAGGAGGAAGCUCAGGGGAGGUGACCCAGGACACCCAGCGGGAGCGACGUGUCUUCCAGCUGCACAUGUGUGAGUACCUGCUCAAAGCUGGGGAGAGUCAGAUGAAGCAAGGCCCCGACUUCCUCCAGAGCCUCAUCAAGUUCUUCCACGCCCAGCACAAGCCUCUGGCUCUUCUUAGCUUUUUCCAAGAUGGAUGGAAGGCGGCUCAGAGCCUGUCCCCUUUCAUCGAGAAGCUGGCAGCCUCGGUACAUGCGCUGCGUCAAGCCCAGGAGGAGGAGCUACAGAAGCUGACCCAGCUCCGGGACUCCCUCCGAGGGACCCUGCAGCUGGAGAACAGAGAGGAGCACCUGAGCCGGAAGAACUCAGGGGGUGGCUACAGCAUUCACCAGCACCAAGGCAACAAGCAGUUUGGGACAGAGAAAGUGGGCUUUCUGUACAAGAAGAGCGAUGGGAUUCGAAGAGUCUGGCAGAAGAGGAAGUGUGGAGUCAAGUAUGGCUGCCUGACCAUCUCCCACAGCACGAUAAACCGGCCCCCAGUGAAGCUGACCCUGCUGACGUGCCAAGUGAGGCCGAACCCCGAGGAGAAAAAGUGCUUCCAUCUGGUGACCCACAACCGGACGUACCACUUCCAGGCAGAGGACGAGCGCGAGUGUGAGGCGUGGGUGUCGGUGCUGCAGAACAGCAAGGACGAAGCCUUGAGCAGCGCCUUCCUCGGGGAGCCCAGCAGCGGCCUGGCGCCCUGGGUGGGCGCCGGGCUGGACGGGGAGCCCCAGGACCUCACCAAGCUGCUCAUCGCCGAGGUGAAGAGCCGGCCCGGGAACGGCCAGUGCUGCGACUGCGGGGCUGCAGACCCCACGUGGCUCAGCACCAACCUGGGCGUGCUCACCUGCAUCCAGUGCUCCGGCGUCCACCGCGAGCUGGGCGUGCGUUUCUCGCGCAUGCAGUCGCUCACCUUGGACCUCCUGGGCCCUUCCGAGUUGCUGCUGGCCCUGAACAUCGGAAACACGCGCUUCAAUGAGGUCAUGGAGGCCCAGCUGCCCUCCCACGGCAGACCUAAACCCUCAGCUGAGAGUGACAUGAAUGCCCGCAGGGACUACAUCGUGGCCAAGUAUAUGGAACACAGAUUUGCACGUCGGUCCACACCUGAGCCCCAGAAACUCUGGACUGCCAUUUGCAACAGGGACCUGCUGUCAGUUUUGGAGGCCUUUGCCAAUGGGCAGGACUUUGGACAGCCUCUGCCAGGACCUGAUGGGCAGGCGCCCGGAGAGCUCCCCCUGCACCUGGCUGUCAAAGUGGCCAACCAGGCGUCCCUGCCCCUGGUGGACUUCAUCAUCCAGAACGGCGGUCACCUGGAUGCCAAGGCUGCGGACGGGAACACUGCCCUGCACUGCGCGGCGCUCCACGGCCAGGUCGACUGCAUCAAGCUGCUGCUGAGGGCGAGAGCCGCCGUGGGCACAGUGAAUGAGGCAGGAGAGACGGCCCUGGAUGUAGCCAGGAAGACGCAGCACAGGGAGUGCGAGGAGCUGCUGGAUCAGGCACAGGCGGGGACCCUCACCUUCCCUCUGCAUGUGGACUACCCCUGGGGGAUUUCUGCGGAACCUGGCUCUGACAGCGAGGAGGACCAGGAAGAGAAGCGCUGCCCUCUGAAGCCCCCAGCCCAAGCCCGCUGGGCCAGUGGCAGGCUGGACAUCAGCAACAAGACCUACGAGACCUUUGCCAGCCUGGGACCAGCCACCCAGCAGAGCCAGAGUGAAGAUUGCCCCCCGCCCUUGCCAGUCAAAAGCUCCUCUCGGUCAGCAGUCCACGGGCGUACAGGACAUCCCAGUGGAGAUCCCGAAGUCCCCGGCCUAAGUUCCGAGCCCGCUGAGGCCUCUGAGAUUCUGGGCAGUCUGGCUUCCUCCUCCUCUAGCCCCACAAGCCCCAUGGAGCCUGGGGAUGCCAGUCAAGCCCUGCUGGGCCCUGAAGAGGGCCCCCAGGAGACCCCAGGCACCUCCCGACCAGGCCCGGCCCCUGGAGCCACCCCUGCAGAGGUGUAUCUCCCGGUCAGAUUCAGCUCAGAGAGCACUCGAUCCUAUCGGCGGGGCGGCCGGAGCCUGGACGAUGGCCCCUCAGCGCGGCAGCCUGUGCCCAGAAGGAGCACGCAGGUUGGCUUCACUGAAGGGGAUGGUGCAAAGACUGGGGUUCUUCCAGCAAGUUCUGUGCAACUUCUGCAAGACUAGGGCCUUGCUGACCCCUGCACAGCCCAUGUUGGAGUGGGACUUAGCCCACAAAACUGGAGAGUGGAGGCAUCCAUUCCCUUGGGUCUCACACUCUCUGUCCCUUGGAUCUCUGUGGCUGGCCUUCCUCUUGCUGUGGACCAGGUCCCUGCCGAGGAUGCUGUGCCCUUUUGUGGUGGGGCUGAGUUGGUCCUUUCCCCGCUAUCUCAUUACGCUCCUUGGCCAGGCAUCCCGGUGGUUAGAUCCGAGUGCUCCUGAGCUGGGUUCAGGCACAGAACCUUCGGUCCCCGUCAGGCCAGGACUGUUUCUCCCAUCAGUCUGGGGCACUCUCAUUCCUUCCAGCUCCCAGACUCUGCAGACCAGGGACUGUCUUCUUACCACUUAUUAGUCAAGUGUUCCUUUACUGAGUCCCAGCUGAGUCCAGGUCUGUGCAAGGCACUAUGGAUGCCACAUGGAAAAGGCAAGGGUCACAGGUGUGGUCCCUGGCAGAGCUGGUCUCAGGGACUGGCUUAAGAAUGGGCAGGGCCAGAUUCCAGGGGAUGGUUCUAAGAUUAGGAGCAGGACCUACCGUCACCUGGUUUCCCAUCUGACAGUGACGGUUGUCUGCAACCCAUCGUUAUUCUAAUUGGCCAGCGCCCCUGCUGAACUGGCUAUUAUGUAAACAUUCUGAAUGUGACAACCCAUCAUUCCCGGGGGUCUCCACUGUCUUCCCCAGCCAGGAAGCAGAGAAUGGCUCACCCACUUUGGUUUAUCUCCAUGAUUUAGCAAGAAGGAAAGGAGCAGACUGGGGCGAUGGAUCCCCGUUCAUCUCUCCGUUCUGUCAACUCAGGAGCCUUCCAGGCUGGGGGUGAGAGGGGCCGAGAAAGGAGACAGGAGAGGGACAGAGCAGUCUUCAAGGUUCUUCCCGUGGCAGGAAUCACCAACCGCUGACACCUCAACGUUACAACCAGUGGGAGCUGGGUGGGCCCAGGUGCGCACCGGCCAGGCCGAGCAGAGGCCGCCAGAGGGCCAGCAGCACAGCAGUCCGCCAGGGAGGCUGAGUCGUUUACCCAGGAGGUCUGCGGCCCCACAGAAACAGGAUUGCCCUUGAGCCCCCAGUGUCUGGUUUUGUUCAUCUCGUGUUAUGUCAUUCAUCUCUAAUAAAGGAUUUUGGGGA